AUGUGCGAACUGAACGCGCACGAUUUCAAACCAGGAAUGCAGUCCGUCCUCGGGGGGCGAUUUGACAGAUAUCUACGCUGGUUCAUGUACACAGAUGUCUAUUCAAAUCGCCCCCCAAAGUCGCCAAAAGUUGUAGAGGAACUGCUUUUGGGAAUUAGUGCAGUUGCCGGUGAUGACUUGUCGGUGACACAUCUGGCCCUACCUCCGAGGUUCCAUUUCUUUGUGUUUUCAUUAAAUUGUCCUCAUGACUCCAGUGAUGUUUCCCUCUUCUCCUUCAGCUACAUCCGCUGCUAUUACUGGGCUGUGAAGACCCUCAUCACCAUCGGGGGGCUCCCCGACCCACAAACUCUCUUCGAGCUUUGGUUCCAGCUACUGAACUACUUCAUGGGAGUGUUCGCCUUCUCCGUGAUGAUUGGUCAGAUGAGGGACGUGGUAGGAGCUGCUACAGCUGGUCAGACAUAUUACCGCAGUUGUAUGGACAGCACCAUCAAAUACAUGAACUGCUACAAGAUCCCGCGCAAUGUACAGAACCGCGUCAAGAUGUGGUACGAGUACACCUGGCAGUCACAAGGCAUGCUGGAUGAAUCAGAACUGAUGGUGCAGCUUCCAGACAAGAUGCGGCUGGAUUUGGCUAUUGAUGUGAAUUACAACAUUGUCAGCAAGGUGGUGCUCUUCCAGGGUUGUGACCGGCAGCUGAUAUAUGACAUGCUGAAGAGGCUGCGCUCUGUAGUUUACCUGCCUGGGGAUUAUGUCUGUAAGAAGGGGGAGAUCGGGAGAGAAAUGUACAUCAUCAAAGCUGGACAGGUCCAGGUCCUCGGAGGGCCGGAGGGACAGACUGUGCUAGUCAGUCUUAAAGCAGGAUCUGUCUUUGGAGAAAUCAGUCUGCUGGCUGUGGGCGGAGGAAACCGACGUACUGCCAAUGUGGUGGCGCAUGGCUUCACCAACCUCUUUAUCUUGGAUAAGAAGGAUCUAAAUGAAAUCCUGACCCAUUACCCUGAGUCACAGAAGGUUCUGCGCAGGAAAGCAAAGAAAAUGCUGAAAAACACCGCCAAACCGAAAGGGGGUGAGGGUCCAGCACAGAAGGGAUUCCAGCACAUAAUUCCGCCCAGACCUGAGACUCCCAAACUGCUAAAGGCGGCUGUUGCUGCUUCCGAAAAAAUGGGCUUCAAGGGAUUUUCUAAACUGAAGCAUCGACUUAAAGUAAAGACAAGUGUGGAGCCCUCCAGAACGAGUCCCCUGCCCCCCGGGUCCCCGGUGCACCGAAGAUCUCCAGUGCCCUCUAUUAAACCAGAAGAUGAUGACCCAACGGAAAUCGUGGCAGAGUCUACAGACAGCACAGUCUUUAUCAGGGUUAGCCCCUCCCCACGAGGGGAUGAGCAGAUACUGUCGGUGGAAGUGACGGCCCCUGAGGAGGAGGAGGAGGAUGGGAAGAAAUGAUGAAAUAGGUAGAAGAUGAAUGAUGCAGUGCCUCAUGAGCCUCACCAUAAAUCUCCGAGGCUUCAACUUUCAUCUGAGCAAUAUUAUCGCAAUCUCAUCUGCAGAGGAUCAUCACAACUUCACGAGGGACCUGAAAACUAGAUUGCACUACAGACUCCACCCACAAUGUAAUGUAGAAUUUCUGGUAGAGGCGGAUGUCUAUAUUCAUGGAACAUUCCACUGUGUCUAUCAUAGCACUAGGACCAAUUUACAGAGUCCAUACUGUCCCACUAGAGCUCUCAUAUAUUGUUUUGUGUAGGAGAUUCCCCUGUGGGGGGCCACACCAACAUCAGGGCCGAUGUGCGGGACAAUAAAUAUAUAGAAAGGGGCAGAUUAUUGGACCAAACCACAGGCUUACCUUUCCUCAUCUGGAGAGAGUGCCAACCAAAAUAUUGCAGAUGCUCUGAGGAAGGAAAGAGGCAAGUCUUCACACUGCAGAUAGAGGGCGCUCUCUUCUCACAUCACAGAGAGGGGGCGCGCUCUACAGGACCCCGCACAUGGGCUGCGGUUUUGAAUCAUUGCAUUGAGAAUGGGCGCUCUCUCCACACACCACACAGGGGGUACUCCUUCCAAGUAUUGCAGAGAGAGGGGGUGCUCAUUCUACACACCACACAGAGGAGGAUCUUUCCAAAGACUGCAGAGGGGAGGCAGGCUUUCCAAAUAUUGGAGAGGGGGCACCUUCUCCACACACCACAAAGGGGGCGUUCUUUUCUAAAUAUUGCCGAGAGGGCACGCUCUCUUCAUACACCACACAGGGGGUGCUUUCUCUACAUGGGGUACAGAACCUUUACCACAUGCUGCAGAAAGGGGGCGCUCUAUUUCUACACAUCACAGAGAGGGAGCACCCUCUUCAUAGUGAACAGUUAGCCUAGAAAUUAAGCAGCAGAAAGUAAACUGGGUGGCAGGAUUCUCCCCCCCCCUUUCCACAGAAUCGCACCUGUGAGGGGUGUAGAAAGUAUGGAGUCUGGGGACCCCUUGGGUUCCUGAGAGGGGGUGGAGACUCCCUCAGUUCCUGUGAAUGCAUUGUAAAGGUGGAGCUCUGUGUUUGUUAGAUUUGGAGUUUCUAUUUUUGAAAUAAAUAUAACCUUCUCUGA